AGGGUGUCAGCUACUCCCCACUCAGGAGAGCAGCGGGGAAGAAAAAAGGGCACCCAAACUCAGCAGCUUCCUAACACCUCCCCCUGCCCCUGAAACCUUAAACUGUGUGGAGUCAAAGAAACGUGGGGGCAAAUCCUUAGCAUGCUUUCGACUGCAAUAAAUCCCCAGUCAUUCUCUACUCCAAGCUGGCAGAUCGAGACCAAGUAUUCAACCAAAGUGCUCACUGGAAACUGGGUGGAAGAGAGGAGGAAGUUCACCAAAGCCACUGAGAAGACACCGCAGUCCCUUCACAGAAAAGAGUACGUCCCCUUCCCAGGCCACAGACCGGACCAGAUCUCCCGGUGGUAUAGCAAGAAGAGAAUCGAGGGGCUUCCAUACAAACACCUGAUCACCCACCACCAGGAGCCCUCGCACCGCCAUCUCAUCAGCACCUACGACGACCACUACAACCGGCACAAUUACAACCCGGGCCUGCCUCCCCUUCGCUCCUGGAAUAGGCACAAGUUGCUGUGGCUACCAGAGAAGUCCGACUUCCCCCUUCUUGCGCCCCCUACAAAUUACGGACUCCACGAGCACCUGAAGCAGAGGUGGCUGGCAUCCAAGGUUGGCCCGGGGGAGAGGGAGAGCAUUUAUACUUCGUCCUACCCCAGACCACCGUUGUGGGCCAUGUCCCAGCGGCAGCACGCGAUCCCGGUCCCUCCCCCUCGCCUGCACCCUGCCCCGAGAUCCUAAGAGCUGCCACCUGAUCGGCAGAACCAGCUGGAGACCCACAGCGUCACCGGACUUGCCAGACACAGAGGGCCGCAGAUAGACUCAGAGUACGGGAUCCGGCCCAUCAGACGCCCCCUAGAAUCAUGGUCUGUGUCGUGCAGAACCCUCCCCCUCCAAACCCGCAGGCUCCUUUCUUUUCCGUCCCACCAUUAAAGCUUUUUGAUGCUACUGCGGCCCUGGACGUGCAGAAGACAGAUCUGACCGUUGGAGAAAACCAGAGGGACCCUUAAGUUCAACCCCCUCGUUUCACAGGAGGGGAAACUGAGGCCCAGACGGGUAACGUGACUCCCUCAAGUUAUCGCAACUUGGUAAGCACCUCAGUGAGUGUC